AUGGAGUGGCUCGGCCGGGCGAGGAUAGGCCUCACCCACGCCCCAACGCCGUUACCUCUCAAAAGGAAAGACGGCGAAAAGACGGACUUGCGGAACGUCUGCGAAAAGGUUAUCCCGCCAUGCCAGCUGAACCCCCUCCUGUUCAAUGGCCACAUGCAGACUUUCUGGACAGCAACGAAGCAGCAUGGACCGCCUCUGUAUUACAAGCGGAAGAUCUUCGAUGCGGAUAACGAUGAUUUUCACGGUACUUUCGCCGUCGAUUUCGCCACAGAUCCCUUCGAGGAGACCAACGACUCCUUACCCCCGAGGACAGUCUAUUUCAACGAGAAGGAGCUUGAGAACCUAGGGUCUGACGACACAAGACCUCAAUUGGUCGUACUUCACGGUCUUUCCGGUGGAUCGCACGAGAUCUAUCUACGGCAUGCUAUCGCCCCUCUGGUCGCGGACAGAGCGUGGGACGUUUGCGUCGUGAACUCGCGGGGUUGUGCCAAGAGCGCCUUUACCAGCGGCGUCUUGUACAACGCCAGGGCCACAUGGGACAUACGUCAAGUCGUCAAGUGGCUGCACGAGAAAUUUCCCAACCGGCCACUCUUCGGCCUUGGCUUUUCCCUGGGAGCGAACAUGUUGACAAACUACUGCGGCGAAGAAGGAGCAGACUGUCUCUUGAAGGCCGCCGUCGUUUGCUCGACCCCUUUCAACCUGGAAGCAGCUUGCAAAUCGCUAAAGCGGUCCUUCCUCGGCAACGAAGUGUACCAGAAAGUCAUGGGAACGAGCAUGAAAGAACUCAUUCUGGGCCACAAGAACACGCUGUCCAAAUACACCCAGCUUAACUUUAACAACAUCGAGAACUGCACGUACUUAUACGAGUUUGACAGGGAAGUGCAAUGUCCUACCUGGGGAUACCCGACGGAAGAUGCCUAUUAUCGCGACGCUUCUUCGUGCGAUGCCUUGGUCGCCAUCAGAAUCCCAUUCCUUGCACUGACUUCCGAGGAUGAUCCUAUCGUGCCACAGGAAACUAUUCCGUAUGACGAGUUCAAACAAAACCCUUAUACCAUUCUGUGUACCACAUCUCUGGGGGGCCAUCUGUGUUGGUUUGAGCUUGGAGGUGGUCGAUGGCACUCCAAAUCGGUACCCAACUUUUUGAAUUACAUGGCGUUCGAAGUGGACCUGGACAGCUUCAAUCCCAAGGACGACUUUGUACCCGGUCUCUGGAAGGAGACUCGAUUCGACCCAGUCAAGCGGAAGAUGCAUACAGUCAGGACCACUCAGUGA